CUUAAAAUCCAUAAAAAAUGAUACAAUUUUCCAGAUUCUGUUCUUAGUCUUAGUAACAUCUGCCAAUAACAAGCAAACCCUGUUCACAAGCUUCUUCCCAGUCCAUAAACUCCCCAUCUUGAAAACCAGGACGAGCAAUGUAAAGCAAGCGCAUCUACACUAGAUACAACAAAACAGAGACCUAGUUGUCUGGUUGAAGUGCAACGUGGUGGAACGCCAUGUCGUCUUCCUCCUCCUGUUCAUGAUGGCCACUUUGGGCCCUCCGAGCCGCACGGAAUUCCCUGCCGCCCCUAGUCACUCCACUAAAUGCCGACAGACCCCGACGCAUGAUGAUGAGAAGCAGCAGCCGCCGCACUGGUUAACCAAGAAGGAGACAAGAAUGGACGCGAGGAUGAGAAGACACGCGGCGCAAGGCAGACCGGAGAGAACCAGAGUGUGGACAGAGCCGCCACCAAAGCACCAAUCGCAGCAGCAGGAGGGGAGAAAGGUUUCGGUGGUGUAUUACCUCUCCAGGAGUCACCACCUCGAGCACCCGCACUUCAUGGAGGUCCCGCUCUCCUCCCCUGCGGGGCUCUACCUCAGAGAUGUGGUCGACAGGCUCGAUGUGCUGCGAGGGAAGGGGAUGGCGGCCAUGUACUCCUGGUCUUGCAAGAGGAGCUACAAGAACGGAUUCGUGUGGCAGGACCUUUCCGAGGGCGAUCUGAUCCUGCCGGAGCAGGGCGAUGAGUAUGUACUCAAGGGUUCGGAGCUCUUGGAUCGAACCCCUCCAGGUACAUUGUCCGUCUACAUCUCUCUUUGUUUGGUAGAGGCUAUGAUCGGAUUGAAUGAUGCAUUGCUCGAUUUAGAUCGGAACCAUCACGGUACCACCAAUGUCAAGAUCCAGAACCUGAAACACCCUCUACAACAGCCACCUCACAAAGCCGAAGAAGCUUCCCCUUCUUCAUCCACAACAGCCGUUGUUCUUAAGGAGGCAAAGCAUCCCCUGAUGCAACAACCACCACCACCUCCUCCUCCUCCAGCGCCUGGUUUUAUAACCGCCGCAUCGGCGGAAACCAGGAUCCACAAGCCCGAUGGAGCGCAGGAAGCUACAACUCAAAUCGACAACGGAGAAGGAAGGAGAAAUCGUGGAUUGAUGUGUUCGAAGGAGGACCCAAAUAUCGUUAAAGUAGGGAGUUCACAGCCACCAACAUCUUCAGGUCCUUCCUCUCCUUCAUGUGCAAAGAUGAGUACACUGCAAUCCCUGAUAAGAGCAGAACUAAGCAGAAGGAACGGCUAUAGGAAUUUGGAAGGAGAGGAUGUUUACCUCCCAACCGGAUCAAAAUUGAAAGCCGCAAACAUGAUCAUGCACCUGAUUACUUGUGGAUCAAUCUCUGUGAAAGACCACUACCGCUUUGGAUCUGUUUGCCAACUCAAGGUUUCUAGGGGACACCAACUGUUUGCUAGAGAGCCAAAGAGAAAUGUGCUAAGGGAUGAAAAAGAAGGAACAUCUCAGCGUGAGCUUCACUGAAACAAACAAAGAGCACAGAAUACGAAUCGUUCCAAUGUCCAGUGGGCCGUUGGUUGCCUAAGUUUGGGUUUGUUUACGGACCAAUCCAUGCGCCAAAUUUGUACCGCCACACCUCGGAUUCCCUUGCAAUUUGACGUCAGGAAACGCGUCGCCUCUCCAUUGCAAUUCCAAAACGCCGUGGGGCCCGGUCGCAACGAUCCACGUGUCACCCGCAGGAUCGACAAUGCUACUGCUGUCUCCUGUUAGACCACAUCGUGCAGCUCCACCGUCAAAGAGCCGUGUCCAAGACGCCAAACUCCGAGACUCGAACCUUAUCUCACACUCGUCAACCUGACUGCUACCGCACCACACGCGGCGUCGUCCGCACGCAGACAAAGCCAUCCCCGCCUUCCCCGGCACCUCUUCACCCCUCUCCAUCGAACUCUCAAAACCUUAUCGAGAUCGUCAUACAUAGGUUGGGUUGCAAUCAAGAAAAUAAAGGGGAAAAAGAAAGAACACGUCGCUGUAGAUUAAGCGUAAUUUACAAGGAGACCAAAUGAGUACAUAUAUGUAUCAGUUAUCAUCAGGCUGUUGACACCUUCUCUUCUUUGCGCAUCCGAACAGCUGCUCCAUCUCCUCAUCUCGCACCGUGAUGAACUCCGGCGCUGGCCAUAGCUUUCGCUUACACCGCAAUGCCCUCCUCGGCUUCAUCGGCGCAGGCGGCGGGCAGCUCUGCGCCAACGACGACGGAAGCUUGCUCUCUUCGGAGGUCGGUGUGCGACACUCUUCACCACCAUCGUCUACCUCUCCGAUCGACCGAACCGUCACCACAGGCCUCAGCGCCAACUCCGGCCCCAAGGCCGACAUCUUCUCCGAUCUACCUUUUGCCUCGUCACGCCGCGCUCCAACCCUAAUCAUAGCUUACUCUCUUAUAGCGUGACCGAGAGACUCUACCUUCUCCUCUCCCCCCUCGCUCUCGUUCCUUUCCCUCUCUUCCACUCGUAAAGUAUGAAGAAGACCCCGAUGGUGGGCUACAUCACUAUCCAAUAUGGCUCGCCCUCGGCUGACGCAGUUAGAUGUACCCAAACCACUUUGUGCUUUCCGACAGGAGCUCAUAGGAUACCAUAUCGCAACAGUCUGACGGUAAAUGACGCGGUGGCGCCGCCCCAAGACAAAAGGAUCGGCAUAGGAUGCCGUUCGAGGACUUCAAAAUUCCCACCAUAAACAUCGGUGCACGUGGGUGAUGGGAAUUCGAGCCGUGGAUCUCUCCCUGCUCCCUCGACGAGGAGAUUCUUGGAGCCAGCGAGCUGAGUCUACUGCAGCAGUACACACACCCAAACAAGACAAUUCUGCUGCGACUCGCUGUAACAGAGACCUCCUUGCACAUACUUUGAAUCACAAGCACAAAUCUUUGUCAUCGAAUCUCAUCCAUUUGUACGUGGAGAGUGGACUGAAUGAAUUGAUUAUAUUUAGAGUU